GCGAUUUGUUGCGUAAAGGGGGAGUGUGGUGGGGGAGGUGGUAUUGUGGAUCAUGAAGAGGCUGUUAUUCAGGUAAGAGGCAGGUUCACGUCACAUUCUCAGAGCAGUGCUGUGUCCACUGCCCCUCACUCUCUUUCCUGCUCACUUGCCUCCACUCUACCAACACACGUGUGGCACAAGCAGAGGGAAUUGUGCAUGGUUUCAUAUCUUUCCAUGCCACUCUUCCUUUGGAAGUGGAGGGCUAUUCUGAGAAUCCAAAAGACACCAGAGAAGACACACUUCAGUUGGAGUGGCAAGUCUGUUGAGGGAGUGCUGAGAGGACAACCGGCUUCACUGGACGUGUCAAAGAUUAUUUCGAAAAGGACACAGAGGAUUGGGAUCUAACAUAAUCAUGGAUGUACUCGCCUUAGAGGCAAAGGGAGCGGGGACACCAGAGACGAAUGAGAAGAAAGCUGCACCAAGGCCAAAACCUAAAACUCAAAAAAAGACCAAAAGGACUGUUUACUUUGAGGUGGAAAUAUUGGACUUAAAGACUAAGGAGAAACUCUUACUCCUGGAUAAGGUGGAGCCCACUGCCACUAUUUUGGAUAUUAAAGCUUUAUUUCACAAAUCAUAUCCAAAAUGGUAUCCAGCCAGACAAUCCCUGCGUUUGGAUCCAAAGGCCAAGUGUCUCAGGGACGAGGACGUUCUCCAGUCACUUCCUGUGGGAACCACAGCCAUCUUUCACUUCACUGACCUGGGACCUCAGGUCACAUGGGGAACUGUGUUCCUGACCGAGUGUGCAGGUCCACUGAUCAUCUACUUAAUGUUCUACUUCCGUCUUCCCUUCAUCUACUCUCCAAAGUAUGACUUCACCAGCAGCAAGCAGUGGGUCGUACACUUGGCCUGUAUAUGUCACUCCCUCCACUACAUCAAGAGGAUUUUGGAGACGCUGUUCAUCCAUCGUAUCUCUCAUGGCACCAUGCCUCUCCGAAACAUAUUUAAGAACUGUGGCUAUUACUGGUGCUCUGCUGCCUGGAUGGCGUACUACAUUAACCAUCCUCUCUACACUCCUCCCUAUUAUGGGCAGCAGCAGGUGAACAUAGGACUUUACAUCUUUGCGUUCUGUCAGUUGGGAAAUUUUUCCAUCCACAUUGCCCUGCGUAACCUCAAAAAUCAAGGCUCAAAGAACAAGAAGAUUCCUUACCCGAGUAAAAAUCCAUUCACGUGGAUUUUUUGGUUGGUCUCUUGUCCGAACUACACAUAUGAGGUGGGCUCCUGGAUUGGCUUCACAGUGUUGACCCAGUGUGUGCCUGUGGCUUUCUUCACUCUUGUGGCCUUUAUCCAGAUGACCGUGUGGGCCAAAGGCAAACACCGCAGCUACUUAAAGGAGUGCAGAGAUUAUCCAACACUGCGCUCAUCCAUACUCCCGUUCAUCCUGUAGAGCCAGAGGCUGCCACAACACACACACAGACACACACAGACACACACACACACACAUCUUCUCACUGACUGGCUCCUUCAUCCAUGUCGAUGUCAGAAAGCAUGUCCCGAGGUUAACAGUGUGGAUACUUUUUGAUCACAUGAACUGACUGCUGUAGGCUGGCUGUUCCUGGUAAAGGAAGCCCUCGGUGUAAAAUACAGAAGAGUCUUAAUUUGAUGUUGUUUGUGAUUUUGACGAUAAAAAUGCAAAAAAUAAUAAUAUCCUUUCUAUUUUGCUACUUUGAUAUACAGCAGAGUCGCGCCUGCGUUACUUUCAUAGCUUUUGGCGGCUGGAAUACAAAAGGGGCUGAUCUGCAUGUCAACUUAGUACGAUUGUGGCCUCGUGCAGCUCACUAUACUGAGCUGACUGACCCCAUUAACCUUUACACUACAGCGCUGUUAGAUCUGGAUUAGGAUUUGCAUUCGGGUUCUUUAUAUUUUCCUCCGUAACUGAAGAAAAUCCGCAUUUCUUUUUGCCUGUACAUGGAUUGAGUGUUUUUUCUGGCAUAAGAACAUCAACAGAAGGGGGGAAAAAAACACUGCUUGUAGCACGCACAGACACGCCUCACAAAAUCCACCUCUUACUCACACACAGACGAUUUUACAGCAAAAGGUAUUCAGCUGAAUAGGCUAAAAUACCCAUGUUUCAGCCAUUAAACCACAAUCGCUGUGCA